GCUAACUAUUCGAUCAUAUACCAUGACGAGAUCAAGACUAGCGGAGACCUCAUCGGACUCCUUCAGCUUCAACCCGGCGACCUAUUUAAACCUACUUCACAAUAACGGAAUGCAACCCUCUCACAUCGAUGGAAUCACUAGUCGGCCUCGAAGCGGUUCUGACGUAUCCUUGAAGUGGAUGUCUGCAUGCCACCCGUGUCGGUUGGACGAGGGCGAUCUGGAGAGUAUAGAUCCCGACUUAGCUGCCUCGCCAUCUACGGUUGCCUCAGUGAGCGCCUCUCCCUCUCCCUUAUACCGCCCUUCAAGCAGUAAGGGGGUUACCUUUGGAGAUCAAGUGCUCGUGCGCUUCUAUGAAAGCCCUGAGCCGGAGACACUGGCGGAAGGAGAGAAUUCCUCAGCCGGUGUUGAUGAGAAUGCUCAUGAGGAGCCGUACCCUGCUGGGGUUGUACUAGACACUGAUACUGUCGUGAAGUCCUUCGAUGGUCACUCGUCUAGAGUGGUCCAUAGCGGAGCCUUGGUAUGUGAAUUUGGCGACCUCGAUGAACUGAGGCAAUGGGCUGCCAGUAUGGGGAAGCGUCCAACCCCGAGCGCGCGGAACCGAUCCAGGACUUGCGCUAUGGACGAGAUAUCUCUGAUGAUAGAAGAGGACUCACGGCCCAGGUAUGAGAGAAGAGGCGGCCGCAGGAGGUUCUAUUCUGAGCAAGGCCGCCGUCGUUCGUAUUUGGAUGUAAGAGACGAUGAUGAUGAUGAUGAAGAGGCCCUAUUGGCUAGGAUGGAGGCAAUGCCGUGCGAUCAAGAUCUGCUUUAAGUGCUCAUUCUCGACUACCAUAGCACACCCUGUGAGAUUCCUGUUGCACGGUGAAAUCGAUCAGAAGGGCGUGCGCGUAGCGCAUAAGACUAUUUACCUAUCCACCAAAGGGUUAUCUCUUCCUUGAUAUUGUGCACGUUUGAUGACCACUAGUCCUGUAUUAUCAUCCCUAUUAUCUGGUCGCGCGAAUUCUGUGAGGCUGGGCAGUAGAGCGAGGCUCUCAUAUGCCUAUCUGUUCUGUUAUUCGCUUGUUUCCGUUUUCUCGACAAGAAAUGGAGUAUGCUCCUACUGCCGUUAUUUCUACAAGUAUUGCUGAUCGUACCGUUGUGGAGGUGACACGAAUGCUUCCAUCGGGGGGUCUGCCCCUGUACGAUCACACAAGUGUUGAUGUAUGUCAUAUUGCUAGCACAUUGUAUAAGAUGAUCAUCUGGUCGGUGCUGGUUUGGAGAGGGUUUUCGCUGUUGUGUGUUAUACUUGUAUGCAGAAUAAUACUACCAUUGUGCCGAUGCUACUCGCCACUCGUUGGCGUUAAUCGUUCUUCACUUGUCGUUGCUACCAUCUCUCCCCGUCUUCGCAUGGUUGCAUUUCUGUGCUAAUAGUAACUUUAUUCGAAUUUCUCAGUGACUGGGUCCAUUAUAAAAUACCCCAUAACGAUAGUGGGUUUGCAAAUGUUUUUCCUCAAUCAGUAGUAUAUAGUUAUUGGUGGAAGAUUUGUUUCUCCGUCCAUACAACUACUGCUAUUGCUAUGAAUGUCGAUGAUGAUACUAUGCUGUACUAGGCUGAAACUUAUCCAGUGCUGUUACUGCUGUUCCAUCGUCUUCUGCUAACACGGAAAUAUUUAUUUCCCGAGUUUUCCGUGCGUCGAGAAGUGGUGACGCAUCUUUGUUCUUGAGAGUUACGAUGACGAGCUCAAGAUACUUUUGGCAACGCGCCUCUGGGGGUGCGGCGUCUUCUGUACUAUCUUUGUCAUUGUUGCUUUCUUCAAGAAUAUGUUGAAGUUAUGAUUUCCUAAUAGAAAAUGUAGCAUGGCGCAUAGUUGUACCACUGGUACUCCUACAUUUCUUUUCUUCUAUUAUUAUGCAGAGUGUAAUAUUGGAUACGGCUAUAUGUAGUCAGCAGCCCUGAGUGCUGACUGUUUCUAUCUCUAUAUAGAUUCUAGGUGUCUGCUAGUCAUUUCUCUGUUCGUAUCUUCACCUUGGUGGUGUUAGUCUGUUGUUUUUGUGGAAACGUCGUUGUAAUCGUCGUUCUAGUACUCACAAGGCGCUAUGCCUGCUGCUGUUGCUGCUGCUAUUACUACUACCUUUACCCCGCUCUCACUGCUUUGUCUGAGGUAUGCCUCUGGUGCCACCCUUGUACUCUACAUGACGAUAAAAGGUAGAGCUUCGAGUUGCCUAGUAUACCCUAUUAUUGGUCAUCACUCGUUUGCAGUAGCGACGCUGCCGU